UGUUCCGGUCUUAUUGUAGUUGUUGUGACAUUAGUUUUGUUUGUUGUAUUUGUAGAGAUAACAAGAGAUAGAGAUAGAUAUAAUAUGGCAUUUGGAAAGAAGUCUGGCAAAUAUAAGAAGGUGGUCAAGGGCAUCUUCCCUGCUCAGCCAGGUGGUGAGAUGCAACUGCAGAACACUAGCAAGCUUGUAUACUUCUGUGAGAUGAACCCUGAGCUACUGCCCAAGGUCGGUCAAUACAUCAAGCUCAAAGCAGAGAAGAGUCUAAGCAAGAAGAGAAUAGAUAUUGUAAAGACAUGUGUUAUUAUCAUUAGAGAGUUGAUCAUUGGAUGUAGGAAGAAUAUGGUGUUCUUCUCAUCUGAUGCUACCAAGUUGAUGGAGUUGCUAUUGCAGCAAGAGACACAUCCCGACCUUCAGAUUGAAGCAACAGAGACUUUCAUUAGAUUCUCACAGGUACAGGACGAUGCAUCACAGUUCCCCGAGGUGGAGAAGUUCAUCAAGUACUUUAUAACGAUGUGUCGUAACAAUACUCAGGAUGAUAUGUUGCGCAGACGUAUUCGUGGCGAGGGUAUGAGAGGCAUGAGUGCCUACAUCUCCAUCUUGGACCUCGUCGACGAGCUCGAUACAUUCAUCACCAAGCACAGAGAGAUCCUCUCCACCAUCCUCGACAACAUGCAGUACAGGGAUCAGGUACCAACACCGUAUGUAACCAAUGUAAAGUCACUGGCUGUCGAGUGUCUGAGGAACUUGUCUCGUCGUGUGGACAACAUCACAGUGACAUCACUCGUACAGACUAUAUUAAACUACCUUGACACUCAACAACUAUGGAUCGAUGGAGCUGGCAAUAACUUCCCAAGGGAGUGCAUGUUGGCUGUGGCCAAGUCAGUCAAGUCACAACACUUUAUUAUUAUGUUGACGAGCUUCUUGCGUCAUCUAGAGAUAUCACAUCCACCUCCAAUCACAAAGGCCAUCGUUCACACUGCAGUCUCGAUCGUGGAGGACGCACCUCCAGGCGCCAUCAACAUGGUCGUGUCGCAUCUGCUCAAGGUACUGGUGCAGACCAACGAGCUGUCGAACCGCAAGCCUCCACCCGCCGACCUCGACGAGCUGCUCGGUCUUUCAUCGGCCAUCGUCGACGCUAUAGGCGUUGUGGCCAAGAACUACCGUCUGACGCACGACAAGAUCGAGACGAUGAACAACAUCAUGAACCACCUCCGCAGCAGCAUUCGCACCGGCGCUGCCGCCGAUCGCUACAGCCUCAUCCAGCUCAACCUGACACAGUGCAUUCUUCAAGUGUCGCAGACACUGACCGACGUUCGUCCACACACCGUGCUCAACGACCUUACACAGAAGCUGCUGGACCUCUCGGACGUCGCGUCGCCCGAGGUUCGCGUCUACAUCCAGCGCAUCCUUCACACGAUCCUCCUGCCCAACAAGUCAUACGACCAAAUGAUCACAUCCCAGGGUCUUGGCGGCGAGGAAGACGGCGUCGAGGAGUACAUGCAGGAGAACGCCUCAUUCAUUAGGGACUCGCUGCUCAAGGGCUUUGGCGAGACGAACAACCAGCCCAACAACUACAUCGCCAUGUUCAAGACCUUGGUGAUCCUGCUGUAUCGUGGCAAGAACAAGGAGAUCCAGAACGCGAUACCAAUGAUCUUCCGCAUCCAGAAGAAGCAGCGCAUUCUCCCAUUCAGACUGUCGCGCUCCGUCCAUCUGGUAAUCGCCAGCUACCUGCUGAUGGUGGCUCGCCUGUACAACAAGCCCGAGCUGGACGCCUACGUGCAGAGCGUGCAGAAGAUUCGUCGCGACAAGGACCAGAACUGCCGCUACCUCACCUUCACCAACUCGGCCCUGACCAACAAGAGUCAACAAAAGAUAAAUUAUCGCGAGCGCGAGAAGAACAAGCCUUCAGAGUGCGAGCUCAUCGACCAGGACCGCGUGGCCGAUUUCAUAUGCUCGAUCGCCACGCUCAAGGAGGUGAACAACCUGCGCACUCAGCUUACAAAGAAGUACAACACGAUUACUCGUCGCGACCUCGAGUUGCCCACGGACGAGGUGCACCACUCGCCUCCCGUCAACACCAUCCCGCUAUUUGAGUCGUCCAACGACAUGCCCCACGUGGACCUCGACGACCACUUCAAGAAGCUCACGUACGACUCGUUCAAGCAGUACACCAAAUUCAACACCGACGUCGAUGGCGGAUCACAGCACUCGGCCAGCAGUCAGCGACACUCGAUAUCAAACACUAUAUUGCUGGCCAAGGACCUGACGUUCAAACACGUCAUCACCAACUGCCAGGAGAGCAGCAUCAAGAUCCAGACAGAGAGCGAGCUGCUCAUGAGGUUGGUACUGCAGUCGGCGCAAUCAUUGAUGGAGCAGGACAAUGGCAAGGAUGAGCUGUCCUCCACAUGCACACUCAAGAUGAACAUACAGAAUGUCUUGGAGAAGGUU